AUGUUGGCGUAUAGUGCUAUUUACUUCAUGGCGGUGAUAAGUAUUGUGUUCGGUUCGUACCGUUCGCUGCGAUUUGUGGAAAAGCACGUAAAGGAGAACAAGAAAAUCGAAAACAGCAUCCGUCUGAAAGACGCCAAGUGGUUUCCGAUCUCGGCCAGCGUCGUGUUGUUCGCCUUCUACGUCGCGUUUCGCUAUGCACUGGUCGUCGAGAAGACGGUCGACACCCUUCUUUUGGUCAAUAGGUACCUGGACGGCAACCGAUGGCUGAAUGCAACCGCCGUCCGUGAUUUCCUGAUGGCCUUAAAGGCGGAGAGAACCAACAACGGCUUCAAGCUCAAGGAAUAUCUGAUGAUCGUGCUACCUGUGUUCUUCUGUUUCCAGGGCGUGCUCAUGCUGUCUGCGUUGAUCAAGCCGCUCGUGUCGCGGCUGCUGAACAAGCUGCCUCAGUCGUUGGUCGAACGUGUGAAGCUCGUCUACUUUUCGCUUAAGUUUUCACGUUCCAACACAGAUGAGUUCACGAGGAAGAAGGACCUGGUCGACUGGAGCUUUGACUCGCACGACCUCUACAGCGCAGCGCUAUGCUCUGUCGUGGCCAUAGCUCACAUCACUAAGAGUCACUGGAUCACAAAUGACAUCUUUGCGUUCGCGUUCUCUCUGUAUAGCAUCGGUGCUCUGCAUCUAAGCAGUUUCAAGGGCGGCAUCAUGCUGUUGGCCGGCCUGUUCGUCUACGAUAUCUUUUGGGUAUUCGCCACAGACGUCAUGGCAACGGUGGCGACGAACAUCAACGCGCCGAUUCUGCUCAUGUUCCCCCAAGAUCUGCUUGAGAAGGGCUUAGGUGGAACAAAGUUCGCCAUGCUCGGUCUUGGUGAUGUGGUCAUUCCGGGCAUCUUCCUGGCACUGCUUUUGCGUUACGGCGUUAGCGUCAAAAAUCGCCUUUACUUCUACAUACCCCUCAUCGCUUAUGGUGCAGGUCUAAUACUGACCAUCGCCGUGAUGCACUACUUCAAGGCCGGUCAGCCAGCUCUGUUGUACCUGGUUCCGUCGUGUAUUGGCGCCCCUCUGCUGUUGGCAUUCAUCAACGGCGAUUCGACCACAUUAAUGAACUUUUCAGAGGACCACCUUGUGCUAGAAGAAGACGAAGAAGAGGCAGAGAUUGCCGAAGUGAAAGAUACUGACAAAACGGCAGAAAGCAAAGAAGAGACGAAAAAGGAAAAAUAA